AAGAGAGGGGAAGGGGAAGAGGAUGGAGGAGAAGCUCACGGGGCAGGGUUUGGGGGAACUGUUCAGCAAUUGGCAGACCCUGGAAAGUUGUUUUGGAAGCCAAGGGUCAGCCCGUCAUCCCACCCCAGACCUUGGACAGUUUCCAAGUUGUGAACCAAAGAGAUUCAAUGCUGUUUCUCCUGGAGGGAUCCCAAAUAUGCGCACGGCUGAAUCUGAAGUCACAGAGCUGCGGUUUCACCUGAUCUCCUUUUAGGGUCCAAAUUUAGCCUGGAAAUUCUACUAGGACUGAAUUUUACCAGCCCCGUUGUACUGGUUUUUUGUUUUUUUUUAAUCCUGCUUUUCUCCUGCAUCUCUCUUCUGGCUUUGUCCUGCUUUGAGUUUCUGGACUGUGUUUUUCUUCUUCGUAUGAGCACCAGUUGAGCAUAAGGGAUGUUAGAGAAGAACAUCAUCCUUUCAAGGUUGCCCUGCUGUUUUCCAGCAUGGGGAGAGACGCAUUCUUGUCUCGGCUUUGUUACACAGUUAAAAUGUGAUUAAAAAUAUGGUCCGUUCCUUUCCCCUAAAAAUGAUUUAAAAAAAACUUCAAAAGACUUGUUCCAAAGUUUCUUUUCGGCUCGCAAGCACCCCCUGCUGGUGUCCUGGAUAAAUCUCAGCUCAGAGAAGUUGUCUUCUGGAGGAAUCCGGGAGUCGCCAAGCCGAUAAAGACGUUGUGCGAUGCUGCGCUACGGUAUCUCUCUCCCAUCAUUUCUUUAAUUCUCUGCCCCAAAACAAGCAAAGUAAGGUGGAUUAAUGUUUGUGCAUUUGCAUUAAUAGUUCAGACAGAUUCUGAAAUACAGAAAGGUGCCCAGGGCCACAAAAGGGGGCCCCUGUUCAGAUGUUCUCCUCCAACAAAACAUUUCGUGAUCUCGCUUUCUGCAAUAUAGACACAGAUUUCAUUCCUCAGUAUUCAAACCUCAGCUUUCUCCCUUCUGGACCUGGUUCUGCUAAGAGGCCUGAUAAUAAAAAUUUUACUUGUGUUGAUUCGUUUUUCUGCCUGUUGUGCUCCCAUGUGCCUCUCUGCUCUUUGUUUGAGAAUGAAAGGGGUGUGUAGGUUUGGGUGGGAUAUUCCAGGUCUCCGUCAUCAGUCCAUUUGCAUUUUACCAAAUAAGUUUCUGGUCCUUAUGGACACCAAGCAGGCAGAAUUCUGCCCUGUUAAGAAGGAAAAUGAUUCCUUAAGAAAACAGAACCUGAUUCUGCAAAGUAAAGCAGGAAGGAAACAACUUGAAACAAAAAACUGGAAAGGUUGUAAAAAUGAUAUUGGGGGGCUGCAGGGCAAUGAGAUUAGAGUUUUGCUAGCAAGACACCGCUGUAUUAGAGUAUUCCAUGCAUUUAAAUGGAUUUAAGCCAAGCUUUCUCUUAGUAGAGAAGUAUUUGAAUGUUCUUGCUGGAAUUUAUCCAGAGGCAAGCUCGUUAAGCUGCAUACAGAACCUUCUUUCCCCCAACGAAUUAAAAAAGAAAGCUGGCUUCACACCACACACUAAAUGAGGUGAAAAUAGGAUUAAGUGGUUUAUCAUUCAAGCCUCGAAUGGAGAUGAAAACAGCCAUCGCUGUAAGCCACAAAGAGUUCAGUUGGAUACAUGCGACAUCAAUCAAAGGAGAGGCCUUUUCUUAACCCGGGUUUAUCAUGGGGUGUGAAAUUGACGUUAACAGUUGGAUCAGGGAAAGGACCACAAAUAAGGGUCGGCACCUCUAUUUUGUACAAGAAGAUCCUGGGUUCAAAUCUGGACAUCUGCCGCCUAAACACCCGGCAGGAAAGGCUCGACUUAGACAAGCCGUUUAACCUGGCAUCGUUCCCACAUCCUCCCUCCGCGUGGCUCGAUCUGCCUUCUGGGGUUUGGGCAUCCUUUCAACCUCCCUGCAACUUGCUUACGUUUUCUCUCCUCCUGCAAGGUUGGUGUUCAGAGAUCUAAGACUGAAGGGGGGAAUUUUGACCCUCCUCCCGCUUGGUAAGUUCUCCCCGUCCCCUUUUCUCUUUGGAUCCAAUGGGCAGAACCAAACUGAACUGACGGACAGAUAUUUCCAGCCAAACCACUUGCUCCGGGCUGUUUCUCUCCUGUCCCUGCAUUGCUGCAAAAACCUGAUGCCACAAACGUCUCCGGGCAUCUGGCUGCCCACAGUGCAGCGAAGCGAUGUGGUCCAGGCGGGUCACUCUGCGAUUUCCGAUCUGGUAGACGAAGCACCAGAUGGUUGCAAGUUGCAGAUGGGUUGACUCUCCCCCAAAGUUCAGCAAGUAGUCUCCCACUGCUUUGGGGAUGAAGUUUCUUGUCUUGGUUUCCCAGAAAAAAGAUGGAGGUGGUCCCAGGUGAGCUGGGGGGACGCAGGCCUAAUGGGUAGGGUGGGGGAAGGAACCAAGAGAAAUGAACCAAGAGAAACUCCGGAUACAUUUUGAGGAACCCCAAGAUGCUUUCCCGGCUCCUUCCCUUCCCACCUUCCUGUAACUAAACUUUGAAACUUGGGUGGAGAUGAGAAAGUUCUUUGUUCCCAGUUAGAAUAGAUUGAUUUACCAGCUGUUUCUUGGCCAAUCUCAGCUCCCUUCGAUACCUGCCUGGGGAUAUUUUGGCUGGGCUGUUAUGGACUCUUCUGGGUAAGUGAGAAAUAAGUUCCAUUGUCUAUAUGAGGUUGUUUCCCCAUGGAAGUCACACCUCAACAUGUUUUUUGACCUCCAGAUGUCCGGCCUUCUGUGGUUGAAAUACCACCACCACCCCUUUUUUUAGGGAAAAAAAUCAAAUAGGAUUAGCCCAUUUUCCCCCAUAUAUACACACUUGCUCCACGUAUUUCUGCAAUAAGAACGGGGCCAAAGCUUUGCGUCUUGCAAUUCGUUGGAAUAUGUUUAUUCAUGGAACAUUUCCUCCCUGCUGUUCCAUAGGGGUAGAUCUAAAAACAAAGGAUGGAAACUGGAAAAAGAAGAUAAACCAAGCAGAAUAAAUGUGUGGGGCCAAGGACAGAGAGUGCAAGAAAAGAACGUUGUGCUUCCUUGUUGAUCAGAAUUUGAUUUCCUUGUUGCAACCAACCAUGGAGCCUAAUGUCUCGUACCAAAGGAAUCACCGGAUGCUCUGGCGAAUCCGCCAGCAAUGGAAGUUGCUGGGCUUCUUUGAAAUCAAUGAGAAACAUGAGUUUUUUGUACUGGCGUGUAGGCUGAAACAAGGGCUGAAGGCCUCCAUUCAGAUCACCAUUGAUGACCCAGUGGGCAAGGAGUCCCUAAAUCCGUCCGAUUUUACCAGGGUGCUUAAGCAGAUCCAUGAGGGUUACGAGAUGAGGACCUACGCAGCUCCCGUCUUUGCCCGUUUCCGGCAAUACCUUGGCAUGUCAGAUACCGAUUUCCAAAGGUCCUUGUCGUGCGAGAGCUCCUAUCUGCAAUUCAUCAGUAACUCCAAAAGCAGUGCGGACUUCUUCCUCACGUUCGAUAAGCGUUAUUUCCUGAAGUCACAACGGAAGCGCGAGAUCAGGUUCCUCCUCACCAACCUCCCCAAAUACCUCGACCACAUGGAGAGAUACCCGCACUCCAUCCUUGUGAAAUUCCUGGGUAUUUACAGCAUCAUUGCUCCCCAGGAGAAGAAGAGGUAUUUCAUCAUCAUGCAAAGUAUCUUCUACCCACAUGAGAAGAUUACCGAACGCUACGACAUCAAAGGGUGCCAAGUCGGACGCUGGACAGACCCCACCCCGGAUGGCAGUGAAAUCAUUGUGGUUUUUAAGGACUGCAACUUUGAAGACAAGGUGAUCUGCCUUGAUCAAGACCAGACAUGGUUGGUGCAGCAAGUGAAGUUAGACACCCAGUUCCUCAAAGCUUUGGACGUGAUUGACUACAGUUUCCUGAUGGGGCUGCAACCUCUCCAUGAUGACGAACGGCUUCUGAACAAGACGCUGGCCGAUAUCUUAGCCAGGACGAGACUGUCCAUCAACUAUGACUACCGCCACCGGAGCAUCGCCUCGGGGACAUUUGAUCGCGGAGGCCCUUCCAGCUCCUCCUUCACCACCAUGCCCAGCUCGGAGCAGAUGCAAGUGCUGUCUCCAGAUCUCUUGUCUCCCUACCCGAAACCCAGCAUGGACCGGUCACCGGAGCAGUUGUUCAGGAGCGAGGGCUUCAUGCGGGAAGUGCUAAGGCCGUACUUGAUGCAGAACAGCUACGACGACAUGAGCUGCAUCUUGGGAGAUGUGGUGCACUCGUCCAGCCUCUCCAUCUCGUCCAGCGAGUUGUUUGUCACGCAGCAUCGCCGGAUCCUGCCCGCUUCCAAAAACCCUUUACACACAUUCGACGGUCCGGACUACCGCUAUUUUGUGGGGAUCGUUGACCUCUUCACGGUCUACAACUUCCGCAAGAAGCUGGAACAUCUGUGGAAGAGCAUCCGGUACCGGGGCCAACAAUUCUCCACGGUCGAGCCUUCCUAUUAUGCCCAGAGAUUUUGCCAGUGGGUGGAAGACCACACUAAAUGAACUGGAGAGGAGAAGCUGGGG